CCUUACCUCAUUCCGAGAAACACAGAAUCAACCGCACGGCCUCCCGGGAAAAAUCGAUACGGAAGGCGAGCGGCAACUCGUCCCGUCAGUCAAUCGCUCGGCGCUCAGCAGAACAACCGGUGGCAGUGCCCAAUAGCUCAGAAUGAUAGGAUGGAGGGAGGGGGCCUCCCCCGGCUGCCUGACACCAUCCUCCUCGAAGUCUUCCUGAAGCUGGAACACCAGGAUGUCCUCGCCGCUGGCACCACCUGCAGGCAGUGGUACAGAGUGUCCCGUGACGAAUUUCUAUGGAAGGAUCUCUUUUAUUGUUACUACAAUGUGAAUCGAUCAGUCCCUCGCCAUCCAGCUGCUGUUUCGUGGCUGGGUGAAUUUCAGAGACUAUACGACACAAUUCCAUGUGUGCAAGUGGAGACGCUAAAGGAGCAUCGUGACCAAGUAUUACACGUCAGCUUCUCUCAUAAUGGCUACUUAUUUGGAUCCUGUUCCAAGGACUGUUUUGUCAAGGUUUGGAACAAUGAUUUGGAGAUUUCAGUGUUGCACAGUGCUAACAUGCGUCCCUACAAUUGGAGCUAUACCCAGUUCUCACAGUUCAAUGCUGAGGACACACUCCUCCUCGUUUCUGGAGUCUACAUUGGGCCUCACAGCUCGUCUUCUGGUGAAAUUGCAGUCUUCAGUCUAGAUGACUUCACGUUGCUGUCCCGUGUGAGGAAUAAACCCUACGAUGUCUUUGGCUGUUGGUUGAAUGAAACACAUCUGAUCUCCGGGAACCUACACUGGAUUGGGAAUAUGACAUCUUGCUCAGUAUUGUGGUUGAACAAGGCCUAUCAGGAUAUCGAAUCGGAAAAUAUAAAUGUUGUGAAGAGACUGUUCCAGCUGCAGAAUUUGAACGCAAGCACCAUUCGCACAGUCAUAGUGGCAGACUGCAGCCGACACAACAGUCCUGACCUGCUGCUGGGCUCCGAAGAACAACUGACCAGUCCAACUCCCCAAGUAUUUGACCUGGGUGACAGUGAAGAUGAAGUUUGCAGCAAAUUGAAGCACAGGAGUGAGAACCAAGGGGAGGUGAUGGUCAGCAGUCAGGCGGAUGAGCGGAUAGAGGAGAAUGUGCUCUCUGCCGGGGGACUGUCCACCAUGGAUGAAAAGCAAAUAGAGGCAAGAGUCGCAGAACUUUUUCUACAAGCCAAGACAAAGCCAGCAGAUAUGGCCCUCCUGUCAGAACAGCAAACAACUCAAGACAAAAAAUACUUGAUCUUCACCACAGGAAGCCUUACCUACACUCCCCAUCAGAUAGGUAUUAAACAAAUUCUGCCUCAUCACAUGACAACAUCAGGACCUGUGCUGGGUGAGGAACGAAGCUCCAAUGAGUUCUUUGAUGCUCUGGACUACACAAUUGAUGUCCACGGUCACAUCAUAGGCAUGGGUUUGUCUCCAGAUCACAGGUAUUUAUAUGUAAACAGUCGGGCCUGGCCCAAGGGCUGUAUCAUCAGUGAUCCCAUGAACCCUCCACCCAUCGCGGAGGAGAUUGAUAUCCACGUGUUUGACUUGAAAACAAUGCAGGAAGUAACUCAGACUCUGAGGGCGCACACAGCCUACACUCCCAAUGAUGAGUGCUUCUUCAUCUUCCUGGAUGUCAGCAGGGAUUAUGUUGCCAGUGGUGCUGAAGACCGGCAUGGCUACAUCUGGGACAGACACUACAACAUCUGCCUGGCAAAGCUUCAGCAUGAGGAUGUGGUGAAUUCUGUGGCCUUCAGCCCUGUGGACCAGGAGAUGUUGAUCACUGCCAGUGAUGACUGCACCUUGAAGAUUCUGGAAGAGACACAGUGGUCUGGACUGAAUGCUUGAAUCACAUCUAUUCUCUGAUGGACCCACAGUGUAUUGCAUGUUUUAAAGCUGCCAUUGCAUUGUCCAAGCUGUGCACUGGUCUCAGUGAAUCCUGGUAUGUUUAUUUGGCUGUGAGGCAUACCCGCCCACAGCAGAGCUAGUGACCAGUUUCCAACCUGCAGGAUAUUGAGUAACAUGCAUGGUAACAGUUCACUGCAGAGGGUUUGGUAGUGCCCUCAUGUCAAAAGCAUCUUUGCACAGCACCUUACAACAUCAUGAUAAUGGUACUAUACCUAGCAAUCUAAAGAUCAAAUCUUAUCAGAAUACUAAAAUCAUUACAGACUCUAAUAGAUCAGAGCUCAUGAAUUCAAAUCCCGACAUGGCAGUUUCAGAAUUUACUUUGUUUAAAAAUCUGGAAAUAAAAACCUGCUUUCAAUAGAUUCUACCCGAGAGCUGUGGAUGCUCAUUUUUUGACUAUAUUCAAGGCCAAGAUUGAUCGAUUUUUGGACUCUGAGGGAAUCAAGGGAUAGAGUGGGUAGGUGAGCAGAGGCCAAAAAUCAGCCAUGAACAUAUUGAAUGGAGGAGCAGGCUCAAGCAGAGCAUGGUCUACUCCUGCUCUUAUUUCUUAUGUUCAUAGAAGUGACAACAAAGCUGUCAGAUUAUUGUUAAAGCUCAACUGGGAAGUAAACCUCUUAUCCUUAGCCAGUCUGGCCUGUAUGUGAUUCCAGUGCCACAGCUUCAUGGUUCACUGUUCCCUGCCUUGGAAAGCCACUCAGAUUUAUUAAAUCUGCAACCAAUAGUUCAAGGCUGACCACCGCAACCUUCUCAGGCAACUAGAGAUGACCAAUGCCAGACACCCAGAUCCUAAGAAUAAAUUUUUAAAACCUCACCACAGUCAAUUCUAGACAAGAGCUAAAAAGAAAAUUGAAAACUGCUGGUUUAAAUUAACUCCUGACCUAUCAGCAGUCACCUUCUCAAGGCAGAAAGGGAUGAACAAUAAAUGCCAGCAACAGCCAUAACCUAAUGUCAGUGCCCUAUAAAUAUCCUUAUGUAACUCUGCAAUAAACCCACUAACUAUUUUUUAAAUGUUAGCCAGAAUUCCCAGAUUGGUGAAAGGGAACAGGAACCCUAAAUGAUUUCCAAUCAGUAGAUCAGAUUUAACCUCAUCCACUGGUUUGUGUUAAAUAAAGGGAAGAGCCAUGAUCUUAUCAAAAGGUGGAGCUGGCUUGAAGGGCCAAAUUGUCUACUCCUGCUCCGAAGUCCUAUGUUCAAGUGAAACAGCAAAAUGGAAUGUAGAAAUAUGAGCACAAGUCAACCCUACUGCUGUAUUUUAAUCAAUCUGCCAUUUAAGCUAAAACUGCACUGUUACAAUAACAAAAUGCAUUAAUAUUUCAGAGCACAGACUGUGCAGCUAAUCUUACACAGCAUUCAGCAAUUAGGCUUCUCUUCUGCUUUUAGUGAUGUUACAUUGAAAGUAGGAAAGCUUCCUGUAAACUUGUCUAUGCAAGGAACCCUUUAAAAUUCUCAGCAACUGUUCAGUUCUAGUCUAUAUUUAAAACUGCAUCAGCAAAUAAAUCAUUGACCCGGGUUCUUGGUCCCAGACCUGCAUUAUACAGUGUUCUGUAUUGAGAAAAAUAAAUCUUUGCAUAUUUAAAAA